GUUAUGUGCUGUAAAAAUAUCAACAAAUAUAAUUGUAUGUGCGGUAUUAGUGUAAUUAAUUCAUUUUUGUGAUUUAGAUGAAGAGCAGACCACAUUUGAUGACCAAUAUAUGAAGAAAUUUAAGAAAUGCCAAAGGGUUCCUAUGAUAGAUAGAUAGAUAGAUAGAUAGAUAGAUAGUUUGUCACUUCAUAUCAUUUUUAGCUCCCCACUAUUGUAUUUUGACCAUAAAUGUGCGAUGAGUUACUGUGCCCUGCUUUACCACUCAUUGCUUAUCUUGGGAAACAUGCCCGGCACAGAUACAUGACCUCUGGGUUAUUGAUGUCUCUUCUAUUGUUGUGUUGGGAGUCCCACUGGUCAGAGUGUGGGAACCCCAGCCGGGCCUGAGCCACAUGCCUUUGUUAUGCUAAUAUAAACCUAUAAAAUGAAGAGCAGCCUCUGCACAGAUACCAGAGCCUACACUACUAUCCUGCAAGAAGUUUCUCCUCUACACCUGGAUAGAAAUGGCGCCUUGCUCCUCCAACUUCUCCUUCAUGCAACAUGCCAGGAUUUCUGAGAGGGACAACAUCAAAUUAAGAAAGCCCGUCGUGGAGAAAAUGCGUCGAGAUCGCAUCAACAGCUGCAUCGAGCAACUCAAGCUCAUCCUGGAGAAAGAGUUCCACAAGCAAGAACCCAACUCCAAGCUGGAAAAGGCUGACAUCCUGGAGAUGACUGUCAGCUUUCUGAGGCAGCAGCUGCAGCCCUCCGCCGGUAUGAGUGGCGGAGAAUACAGCCGGGGCUACUCUCACUGCUGGAGGGACUCGCUGCACUUCCUCUCAGUGGCCCCCGGCAGCACGGGGGCCUCGCUGCGGGCUGAGAUAGUCUGGAGGGACCACAGCUCCUCUCCGGGGGGCUCGCCUAGCAGAGGCCCCAGGCUGCAGGAGAGCAAUGGAGGCACAGUGGUGUGGAGGCCCUGGUAGAAGACUCGAACCCCUCCUCACUUUGUAAGAAAUACAGUACGCAUUUCCAGCCCUGCUCCUUCCUCAACAUCUCAUCAUAUUGAUGGAGACGUUGUGAAAGCCAUAGCUCCCACUUAUCUAGAAGUCUCUUUGCUUUGACUGUGAUUCACCAUUCGACCUUUGAUCUCUGAUUUUGCGUGAUGAUGGUUUUAAUGAAUCGUUUACUCCAGUGGAGUUUUACAGUAUACAGUAUCUUGCUUGAUUGUAACAGUGUAUCUCUGCCAUAUUGUGCCGUACUGACAGCCCAUGUUGAGAAUAUUUCUCUCUUAUCGUUUGAUGAACGCCAAAUUGUAUAAUGCCAAAUUGUAUAAUGCUGAGUGAUGUGACGUCUGUGGCCGUGCGUGUGAAUGUGACCAUGUUACUGUUUUUGCUUUGACAUUUAUGCUCUUAAACCCCAUUUUGUAUGACAAUUAACAAUAAGAAUAAACCAAU